AACAGCCAAUGGAAUGAAAGUGGGCGGGGCAUACAGUACCCACUGAAGCGUGCUUGUGAACUUGUCUAAGACACGACUGCGGUGUGCAUUGUGACCGGUGUGGGUAACAGAUACAGCCAUCAUGACCGAGGAGGCGUUUAAAAAGGCAGCGGAGGAGGUAAAACAGCUGAAGUCAAAACCAGCUGAUGCAGAGAUGCUGGAGAUUUACAGUCUGUUCAAACAGGCCACUGUAGGAGACGUCAACACCGCUCGGCCUGGCAUGUUAGACUUUACUGGUAAAGCCAAGUGGGAUGCCUGGGAUGCAAAGAAAGGCAUGAGUAAAGAAGAUGCAAUGAAGGCUUAUAUCAGCAAGGUGGAAGAGCUGAAAGAAAAAUAUGGAAUCUAAAAGUGUACCUGUGUGACUCACUAAUUACUCCUUAUGACAUGUCUGUCAACACCACCGGUCCUGUGUAAAGCCUUAUGCAUCCUGGUAUCUCCAUGUUUGUGUGUAACAUCUCAGUCACAUAAAGAAAGAAUACAAAGCACAAAUUGAUGUUGGGAUUACAGAUACCUUUCAAUAGAAGUUGUGUAGUCUGAAUUUUGUACAUGUUUCUAAGGCCAUAAAGUCUGUCUUUUUCUGAA